ACCAAGUACCAUCACCACUUUGAUUUUUCUUCGUCUGUCGCCUCCCUCCCAAAACGGAGUACACAAAAAAAGCAAAACGUUUUUCGAGGUUUUCCUUCAUUUCUUUCUUGUGGUAAUUGUUCUUGUCUCUUCUUGCUUUUCUGCGCGCUACCACCCCGUUUUCGGAUCGUUUCUGACCGAAAUUACUACGCGGAUUUCUGUUCUGUUUCUCAUUCCAAAACAAACCCGAAAUAAAACUUUCUUCUUCUCCAGUCCUGUUCUCAGUUCUCACUUCCGAUUUCUGGGAUCUUCGUCGUUUUCAUUGCAAUAUUUUCGCCAGUCGUUUCAAUAUUCAGGAAUCUCCUCGAAUACCCCUUCUUAGUUUUGAGGUUCUGGGUCGUUGAUUGUUGAUGGAGAACAGUAGGAGAAUGCAGGGUGGUGUGGAUCAAUGGGCUGAUGUUUCCAGAAGACCAUCGCAGAGUAAAAGACCUCCUCGUGGACCUCAAGGUAUUAACUGGCAACAAACAGUUCCUUCAUGGGAGAAAGCAUUCUGUAAAACAAUCGGUUCAUUAGAUUGGGCAACUAUAUUGGAGAUGAAGAAGUUUGCCUUCCUUUUUGACAACGUGGUAAAGUGGGAUUGCUCAGCAGGAGAAGUUGCAUUUAAAAAUGCAAAGAAGCGGUUCUGGUCAGAAUCACAUGGCACCCAAUGUGACAUACCUUUGCCCGACCCUGAUCUUUAUAUAGACGAAAUAGAUUGGGAUUGCAUGGUCGAUUCCGACCUUCUCUUGGACCUUGAAUGCUGCAGAUCCGUGGACCCCGCUCCAGACAAAAUCCAUGAUCCAGUCAUAAUUUUUGGUGAUGCACUCGUCCCGGGCGAAGCAUACACAGCGCCUGGUUGGGGUGAAGAAGAAGAUCAGUUUCAUAAAGAUACUAAUGAUUUUUCUUGGAAUAAUGAAGACCAGUGGGAGAGUGGCUGGAUGAAGAGUGAAAGUAGGAAAGAAAGUGGGUGGGGCAACAGCGGAGGAUGGGGUUUGGAAGUUGAGGGACAGUCCGGGUGGGGAGGAGAUUGGAAUGCUGAUUAUCCGAAAGACAGGGGUGGAUGGGGGCGAACAGAUUGGAAAUACAAUGAUGAAGACCCAUGGGAGAGUGGCUGGAAGAAGACUGAGAAUAUGAAAGAAAGUGGGUGGGGCAACAGCGGAGAAUGGGGGUUGGAAGUUGAGGGGCAGUCUGGGUGGGGAGGAGAUUGGACAAAUUCAGGAGAUUGGAAUGCUGAUUAUCCGAAAGACAGUGGUGGAUGGGGGCAACCAGAUUGGAAAUACAAUCAUCCGAAAGAAAAUUUUGAAUACUCUCAACAUAAAAAAUGGGAUACAGAUAAGUAUGGCAGACUCGGGGGAGAUUCGGGUAACACGUGGGAUUCAAAUUACAAUCAACACAGAGAAAAUUAUGGCGAAAUGAAAGGCCAAUAUGGUCAUCAUCACAACAACUUUCCAGGGAGAAAAUUGGGGGAUGAUAGAAGUAGUAGCUACAGAAAAAGAGGUAAUGGAGGUGGUAGGCAUAAGGGAAAGUACAACAACUCAAGGUUCCCUCCUCCUUAGCAAGGAUGGAGUGAAAUUUGGACCACAUUUUUGGACUUGUCACCCACUUGGGGACCUGGGGUGGAGUGAGGAGUAUGGUGAAGAUGAAAGAUAGCAGUUUUGUGAAUAGUAUAUUUGUCUUAUAUGUUUUCAUCUUUAUACCCAGUUUUUGGUCCAUCACGAAUUCAUGAUAUAGAGGAAUGUUACUUCCAUAUAAUUCCAUCGUAAAGUGUUGCAUCAAUAAUAGCGUUUUUGUUUUGUUGGGAUAAACUCCUUUGAGGUUUUUGAAUAUGGCUUUAUUUAUAUCUAGUUUAUCAUCAAUGCAAGGCCAAAAACUUGUUUGUGUUGUGUAAUGAAGAAGAUGAAGAACAGAUUUAAGAAAUGGAUAUAAAUAGCCUCUAAAUUACUUCUUCUCUAUAUCUGAA